AUGGCGUGUCCACCGCACGCGAUCGUCAUCCCCUACCCAGCGCAGGGGCACGUCAUCCCGCUCAUGGAGGUCGCGCACGCGCUGGCCGACAGGGGCUUCAACGUCACCUUCGUCAACACCGAGUUCAACCACGCCCGUGUCGUCGCCUCCAUGUCCAACGGCGCCGGCAGCGGGCUGGGCCGGAUCCGGCUCGUGGAGGUGCCGGACGGCAUGGCCCCCAGGGAGGACCGGAACCAGCUGGUGAGGCUUACCAUACUCAUGGCAGAGUUCAUGGCGCCGCGGGUGGAGGAGCUCAUUCUCCGGAGCGGCGAGGACGGCGCGUGCCCGGGCAAGAUCACGUGCAUGGUGACGGACUACAACGUCGGGUAUUGGGCGGUUGACAUUGCGCGGAGGACCGGGAUCCGGGUGGGGGCCGUUUGGCCGGCGUCGGCUGCCGUCAUGGUCACCUUGCUCAGCUUUCCCAAGCUGAUCGAGGACAACAUCAUCGAUGCGGAAGAUGGGUCUACAGUGGGCGAGGGAACAUUCCAGCUGAGCCCCGACAUGCCUCUCAUGCACAGCGCCCACCUCGCAUGGAACUGCAUCGGCGACCACGACCAGCAGGCCACCCUCUACCGGCUCCUUUGUGACGGCGUCCGCGCAAUGGAGCAGUGCGACUUCGUCAUCUGCAACUCCUUCCAGGACGCGGAGCCGGCGUCUUUCAAACUCUUCCCCAACGUCCUCCCCGUUGGCCCGCUCCUCACCGGCGAGCGCAGCGGCAAGGCCGUGGGCCACUUCUGGCAGCCGGAGGACGACGAGUGCAUGUCCUGGCUCGACACGCAGCCAGAGAGAUCCGUAGUGUACGUCGCCUUCGGCAGCUUCACCAUGUUCCACCGGCGCCAAUUCGAGGAGCUCGCGCUGGGCCUAGAGCUCUCCGGCAGGCCAUUCCUGUGGGUCGUGCGCCCGGACAUCGGCCACGGAGCGGUGCACGACUACCCGGAAGGCUACCUGGACCGGGUGUGCGGCCCCGGUGGCCAGGGCAAGCUCGUCUCCUGGUCACCGCAGCAGCGCGUGCUGGCGCACCCGGCGGUGGCGUGCUUCGUGUCGCACUGCGGGUGGAACUCCACCAUGGAGGGCGUCCGGAACGGCGUGCCUUUCCUCGCCUGGCCCUACUUCGCCGACCAGUUCGUGAACCAGGUGUACAUCUCCGACGUGUGGAAGGUCGGCCUCAAGGCCGUCGCCGACGAGUCGGGGGUCAUAACCAAGGAGCACAUCGCUGGCAGGGUGGAGGAGCUGAUGGGGGACGCCGGCAUGAGGGAGAGGGUGGAGGCCAUGAAGAAGGGCGCACACGAGAGCAUUCAGGAAGGCGGCUCCUCGCAUGGAAACUUCGAUGCUUUUGCGGAGGCCAUGAAGAAUGCGGCGCCUGAGAGCGUUCAGGACGGGGGCUCCUCACAUGGAAACUUCCAUACUCUUGCAGACGGCAUGAAGGCAUGAUCAUCUGCUGCUUGAGUGUACGUGUGGUAGUGUGUGCAAUUUUGCAUUCCCACACAGAAUAAAAAGUUCGACUAUCACCAUUUGCCUUUAUAUUUGCCGCUUUUCUGUUUGCGAGUAACUUCUGGACGGAGGAAGUAUACUCUCUCCGUCCCGAAUUACUUAUCGAUAGAAAUAGAUAUAUCUAGAACUAAAACAAAUCUUACAAAAAGUUACA